AUGUCCGAUCUCGCUAAGAGCUUCGCAAAAGCCAAGCUCUCUUCUCUCCCGUCCCCAGAACCUCUCCUCGAGGAGCCCGAGCCCUACGAAGACGACUCCUCGUCCGCGAGCUCCAUGUCCAGCACCGGGACUGUGAUACCUACCUCGUCGCAGCGUCCGGCGCCUUCAAUACACUGGUCCGACUACUUUGCGCAGGAGUUCUACCUCGAGCGGCGGUCCAACUCGGAUACCGCCCACGCGAAAUUCCACGUGUACCUGACGCCGCCGAGCUCGUCGAAAGCGCCGCUGCUAGUAUUGCACCAUGGGGCGGGAAGCUCGGCGCUUAGUUUCGCCUUGUUUGCGAAGGAGGUCAGGAAGCUCAUGCCGGAGAUUGGUAUCCUAGCCGUCGAGGCACGAGACCACGGAAGCGUCGUCUGGGGCCCCGAAGGCCAUGUCGACACCGACCUCUCUAUUGAUCUUCUGAGUCAGGAUCUUGUGGAUAUGCUACACCUUACGAAAAGCAAGAUGGCGUGGAAGGAACUACCUACUGUUGUGCUCAUCGGGCACAGUCUGGGCGGAGCGGUGGUUACAGAUACGGCGAAUAAGGGCAUACUGGGGAACAAGUUGCUGGGCUAUGCAGUGCUGGAUGUAGUGGAAGGCAGUGCAAUGGAGGCGUUGAAGCAUAUGCAAACAUACCUGGCGAGCCGGCCGAAGUCAUUCCCGAGUUUGGAGGCAGCGAUUGAGUGGCACAUACGCUCGCGGACGUUGCGGAAUCCACAAUCGGCGAGGGCGAGCGUGCCCAGCUUGUUGCUGCAGACACCAGAAGGGCGGUGGACAUGGAGAACGGAGCUCUCCAGCACGGAAGCAUACUGGGAGAACUGGUUCUCUGGGAUGAGCUCCAAAUUUCUGGGCGGGAAAGGAGCGAAGUUGUUAUUGCUUGCAGGAACGGAUCGACUGGAUAAGGAGCUGAUGAUUGGGCAGAUGCAGGGUAAAUUCCAGCUUCAGGUCUUCCCCGCCGCCGGCCAUUUCCUCCAGGAAGACCUACCCGACAAAACUGCUGAGGUGGUUGUCGAAUUCGUGAAGCGCAACGACCGGAGUACGCUUGUACUCCCACCAAAAGUUUCCGAUCUUCUUGCUCAAGGCAAGAAAGUGUGA